AUGCCUUCCCUGUUAGAACUUGAUUUGAGCCAAAACCAUCUCAGAGAACCCCUUGAAAAUCUGAAUUCUUCUUCAUCAUCUAAGCUUAAAACUUUAUAUCUUGGCAGAAACCUUUUUAGUGGUCGAAUACUAGAGCCCAUCUCAAGAUUAGUCAAGCUCACGUAUUUAGACCUGUCUUUUCUCACCAUACUCAACCCAAUCAACAUUGUUUCCUUGCCACUCAAGUCUCUGGAGUUUCUGGAUCUAUCCGGGAAUACUCUGUCAAGGCUUAAUACUACCAGUUCAGAUCAUGCCUUGACAAAUCUGAUCGGAUUGUACUUGUCGAGUUGCAGCCUGGUCGAGUUCCCCGAAAUUUUGAAGACUCUACCAAACUUGCAGGAAUUAGACAUUUUCAACAAUAGGCUCCAAGGAAAGGUGCCUGGAUGGUUAUGGGAUCUGCCUUUGACCAAAGUAUCUCUGUCAACCAACUCCCUUGAUGGUUUUGAAGGUUCGCGAGAGGUGGUCCUCCCUUCAUCUCUUGUAAUGUUAGACUUGAGUUCAAACGCCUUUGGAGGACCUUUUCCUAUUCUUCCACCAACCAUUGACUCUCUGAUUGCAUCGAAAAAUAACUUCACAGGAGACUUGCCUCUUUCAUUGUGCAAUCCAAGGAAGCUAACAGUCCUUGAUCUAUCACACAACAGUUUCAGUGGUCCAAUCCCCCAAUGCUUGAGUGAUUUAGUUGAGGGUAUCAUGAAUCUCAGGCAUAACAACCUCAAUGGGAUGCUUCCCGAUAUAUUCUGCAGAAGUGGCUCCUCACUUAUUACACUUGACGUGAGCAAGAAUCAAAUAACCGGGAAGCUUCCAAGGUCUCUUGCAAACUGCAAUAGACUAAAGCUUCUUAACGUGGAGAACAAUAUGAUCACUGACACCUUUCCUUUCUGGUUGAAGGCUUUGCCGCUUCUGCAAGUAAUUGCCCUAGGAUCAAACAGAUUCUAUGGUUCUAUAUCUUCUCCUCAAGAUGAUCCUCUAUCGUUCUCAAAACUGCAGAUCAUUGACAUAUCUCGUAACAACUUCAACGGAAGCCUGCCGCCAAAUUACUUUAUGAAUUGGAGUAGUACUACAUCUUCUGAAGAUCAUGGGCGGCGGCAGGAGAAUGAUCAAUACAUGAUGAUGAAUGGGUUUCAUGGAAGAAGACGAAACAUGGAUUUCUUAAAGAUGCUAACGCCCUACACAGCCAUUGAUUUCUCUGGAAACAGACUUGGAGGACAGAUUCCAGAAUCCAUAGGUCUCUUGAAGUCAAUACAUGCGUUGAAUUUAUCGAACAACGAUUUCACAGGUCAUAUUCCAUCGUCCAUGGCCAAACUCACAGAGCUGGUGUCACUAGACUUAUCUCGAAACCAACUUUCAGGGAACAUUCCACAAGAGUUAACGAACCUCUCCUUCUUGGCGAUCCUUAACAUGUCAUAUAACAAACUAACGGGACAAAUACCACAGGGUAGACAGUUUAAUACCUUUACGGAAUCCUCCUUCGAAGGAAAUAUCAACCUCUGUGGUCCUCCUCUUCAGAAGAGUUGCUCAGGAGCAGCACAUGACUUGAACUCGAAAGCCGCCACGAUAGACUAUGGGCCUACCCUGAUCCUGAUGUUGUUCUUUGGACUAGGAAUCGGACAUGCAUGA